AUGGAACAACAUUUUAUUUUAAGAUUAAAAGAUGGACUAAAAAAAGUGAUUAAUCUUACUGAGUCUACUUUAGAAAGUAUAGAUUCAGAAAGGGUACAAUUAGUUCAUAAUAACAAAAAAUAUCCCGGGAUUAUUAUUAGAUUACCGUGUAUUAUUGACACACAUAAAACUCUUGAUAAAAAGCAGUAUUAUAAAGUAUGUGAUGUUUCUACACUAAUUGUUAUUUAUCCUAAUUAUGAUUAUGACUUUGAACGAGAAAGGCGUAUUCUUGAAAUUAGUGGAUUAUCAGCGCCCUUAAAAUAUGUAAAAAUGAGAAGAUUUAAAAAAAAUGUUACUGGCAAAAUACACUUAAUUAAUGAAAUCGAACAAAAAGUUAAUGAAUUAUUGGAAAAAGAUAAAAGAGCUAAAAAAGUAGAAAUAGAAGGAGAUGUGCAAGAAAAAGUAGAUGAUGAUAUUUUAGAUAUUGUAGCAGAAAUAGAAAGUAACUUAGAACCAUCGAAAAUUAACAUUAAAAAUUUAGAAACAGCAAAUGUGCAUUUUGAUACACCAGAAAUAAUCGAGUUAAAGAAAGAAAUAGAACAACAGGAAAACUUAGUUAAAAAUGCAUUAAAUCCAAUUUUACAGCAGAGGUUUAAAGUUAAGCUUGAAGCAUUACAAAAAAAACUUGAAGAUUUAUGUAAUGAGAAUUGA